ACUGGUUUGUUUACGCAUUGCGUUGUUAGGGGUAACAUGUUCAUGGUCAGACAUAGAAUAUUGCAUAGUAGGCAGUUAAUACUCAGAUGGAAUUCAAAACUAAUUGCUUUACAAUUCUCAGCUAAAAUAUCCUUGUAUUCUACGUUUGGAUACAAUGACUGCGUUUUGAAAUUGCAUGACAAGGUUUCCUCUAGUUCCAUUGUAACAAUUGCAGCUAAUAGAAUCAGAACGUUGUAUACAGACAGCUGCAUGGAUAAACAGUUAGAAGAAAUCUUUGCUCUUAAAGAUACUAACAUCAGCAAUUGGGUAAUAGAGGCAAAAAUCCAGUCACUUUGUUGUUGGUAUAGUACCCAAUCAAAGUAUGAAAAACAAAGUUUUAUACGAUUGUUGGCAUAUCGGUAUGCUGUCAAUCAUAAUGACAUAUGCCAAUUGGCAAAUAAGUUAGUCUGCAGUGAGCCAGAUAAUCAAAAACAGAUGAUAAUCAACAAGCGAUUAUUGAAGAAUGCUCUUACUCCUGUAUAUCAAUGGCUUUUUGUAUUAAUGGGUCGUCUAGAGUAUGGCGUCAAGUUCCUGGUCGAUUUGCGAACAGAUGUUUUGGAAUUAAUAUCUGAAACUAAGGAAGCUGAUCAAAUUAUGAUAAUACAACAGCUGAAUCUGACCUUGCAGGAACUAUUGUUGCUCUGGUUCUCAGUUAGUUUUUUACACUUGGAACGUAUUACUUGGCAGAGUUCUUGUGAUAUUCUGCAAAAGGUCUCCGAUUACGAGGCUAUUCAUCCCAUUAGAAAUUGGAUUGAUCUGAAGCGACGUGUUGGUCCAUAUAGAAGAUGCUAUGUCUUCACACAUCCGUCUAUGCCCAGGGAACCAUUAGUUGUUUUGCAUACUGCUCUUUGUGAUGAAAUACCAACAACAGUUAAGGGAAUUCAGGAAGCAGAACAACGAAUACUAGGCAUGAGAAUGGAAGCUACUUCUUUUUUGCAAGAGGAUAAAAAUAAAAUUAAGGCUGCUAUUUUUUAUUCCAUAGCUUCUACGCAAAAAGGAUUACAGGGUAUAGAGCUGGGUAAUUAUUUGAUAAAGGAAGUUGUUAAGACAGUUAUUAAUGAGUUUCCAAUGAUUGAUCAGCUGUCGAGCCUGUCACCAAUACCCAAUUUCCGGUUGUGGCUUCUUGACAGAAUAAAGCAAAAUGCCCAUGAGAUAUUCAAUGAUGAGGAAUACGAUGUCAUUCAAAAGAGUUUGGAGUCAAAGGAUUUGUUCAAAAGCUUAAAGAAAACUUUUGAUAACUCCUUGUGGAUGAAUGAUCACAAAUUGAUUACAAUUUUGGAGAAGCCAUUGGUACGUGCUUGCGCUCGGUAUCUGUAUACUGAGAAAAGAAGAAAUUAUGCACUGAAUAGUGUGGCAAAUUUUCAUUUACGCAAUGGAGCCGUAAUGUGGAGAAUUAAUUGGCUGGCCGAUCCGUCACCACGUGGAUCCGCUAAUAGCUGUGGAAUUAUGAGGAACGUGCUGUUUAAGCAGGGAACAUAGGGAAAUGUGUAUUAACAAUCAAGAUGGAUAAGGAUGCACAGACGUGUCAACAAAAUGAAGAAUGGAGCAGAGAAUCUGUUGAAUGAUUUAAAGCAUGCAAUUAUAUAGGUACAAGUUUCUUGAUUUUCACCUGAGGAACAAUUUGACCGGCACCGACUCGAUGCCUGUCAUGAUUAUGAUUAUCAAUGGUUGGUAGGUAUAUUGAUGAAAAAAUGACUAUGACAAGGAUGAUGAUUGAUAGGACGACACGAUGUAUCAUAUGGUAGUAGUUUUAUCCAAAAGGAAGGUAUAGUGUACAAGGGAUGUAGAGCUGAUUCGUUAUUUGUCGAGGAAUUGUUUCCUCGAGGAAAUUAAAAGAUAAUUAUAAGAAACGAGAAAGGAAUCGCGAAUACAUUCACGUGCAACGAUACGUGCACGUAACAGAGUAAUGGUAACAACAAUAACAAUAAGCUAACGCAUCCCAAUAUAAGUGCAUUCUUUCACAAGACACAAAUAACAAUUCGGUUACGUUACGUUAAAAUGUCACAAAUUUAAAAAAGUAUAUAUACAUAUUCAAAGAAUCAUUCAUUCACAAUUUGCAAAAAUUCAAGUAAAUCAUUCACGACUCUCACAGUUACCGACCCUUUGGAUGUACAAAUUGACAAUAUUCCUGAAUAUAUUAUAUCAAACAACACAUACACUGUCAAAUGACAAUUGGCAAUAAUCACAAAAUUUUCUUCAAUCGAUUACAGACCCACGAGACAGUCAUUAUCCAGGAUACUCCGGUGAGUAUGCAAAGAGUCGGGCAAAGGAGAGACAAAUAAAUAAAUAAAAAAGUGGCUUACGACAAAGAGAGAACGAGAGAGUAAGAGUACGAAGAAGAAAGAUAUAGAUGAAAGAAGAAAACAAUAGAAAAUA